AUGGGAAUUGUUACAGUGUGCAGUCCAUUUGUCCAGUGCAGUCUUCCUAAAUGGUAUCCAGUAUUCACUUUUAGGAUGGUUGAGACAGUAGCCUUGACAGAGAUUGUUUCGACCGCAGAGUUGAAAACUGAAAUUUCGGGUCUUGCAGAUACAGAAAUGCCAAAAGAAGGCUCGACCAAAGAUUUGUAUAUAGAGUGGACAGGACCGACAUUUUUUACAGCAUCGUAUGAUACUUUAAGCAAAGGCUCAUCAUUGUCAGUCGAGAACAGAAAUGAUGUCAUGACAUCGCCCAGUGGCAUUUUCUCAGCGGGAUUUUUCCCCGUUGCUGACAAUGCAUACUACUUUGCUAUAUGGUUUAACGAACAUCCUUCCUGCGGUGCCAACUGCACCAUAGUCUGGAUGGCGAACCGUGACCAGCCAGUUAAUGGAAAAAAGUCGGAGCUCUCCCUGCUUCUUUCUGGUAAUCUUGUCAUAAGCGAUGCUGGUCAGUCCACAGUUUGGGCUAGUAACACUGUUUCACAAUCCUCGGUGAGCUUGUACCUCUAUGACAAUGGUAAUCUCUUGUUAUGCGAAACAGAUGGUGACGGCGUUAGAGUACUAUGGCAAAGCUUUAUUUUUCCUACAGAUACUCUCCUUCCACAGCAAUUGCUCUCCAAAGACAGCCAGCUUGUCUCCUCAAGAAGUCGAACCAACUACUCUUCGGGAUUCUAUAAGUUCCAUUUUGCUAGUGAUGAUAAUGUCCUCCGUCUUCGUUAUGAUGGUCCUGACACUUCAAGCAUUUACUGGCCAGACCAAUGGAUUUUGAGCUGGGAUAAUGGGAGGUCCACUUUCAACAACAAUAGAAUUGCUUUUGUUGAUUCUUUGGGCAAAUUUAUUUCAUCAGAUAAUUUCACCUUCAUGUCAGAGGAUUACGGAAUGAGGGUUCAGAGAAGAUUGAAAAUGGAUUUUGAUGGUAAUCUUCGAAUGUACAGUCGAGAAAACUGGACCAACACAUGGACAGUUUCAUGGCAAGCCAUGUCUCAACCUUGCAGGAUUCAUGGGAUUUGUGGGCCUAACAGUAUGUGUAACUAUGUCCCCAGUUCUGGCAGGAAAUGUUCAUGUCUUCCAGGAUUCAAGGUGAAGGAUCAUUCUGACUGGUCUUUGGGCUGUGAAGCUGAAUUGAAUCAUACCUCUUGUAGCAGAGAUGAGAUCAGUUAUCUUCAACUAGCUAAAGUUGAGUUUUUCGGGUAUGAUUACGGCUUCUUCAUCAAUUACACCGUGCCGAUGUGUAAGGAGCUAUGCUCACAGAUAUGCAAUUGCAAGGGAUUCCAGAUCAGAUUCAGCAAACACUACUAUCCAAGCAACAUUCCUUAUUGUUACCUGAAGAGUGCAUUACUAAACGGAGCUAAAUCAGCAAACUUCGAGGAAGACUUCUAUUUGAAAGUGGCAAAAACCAGUGUCUCCUCCAAUACAACAGUUGAAGAAUUCAGGUUAGAUUGUUCUGCUGUUGACGCUGUCAAACUUAUAAACAGAACAUACUCAAAAGGCCAUCAAAAUGGAUCACUAAUUUUUGUUCUUUGGUUUGCUUGCGGAGUUGGAGUGGUCGAGUUUCUCCUCGUUUUCUCCGUGUUGUUUUUCUUGUUACGAACCCGAAACAACCAAGGUUAUAUCGGCAUCGCAACCAGCUUCAGAAAAUUCACAUUUUCUGAGCUCAAAAAGGCAACCCGGGGUUUCAGCGAAGAGAUUGGAAGAGGUGGAGGAGGAACUGUAUACAAAGGAGUACUUUCGGAUCAUAGAGUUGCAGCAAUUAAGAAACUUAAUGAAGCUAACCAAGGAGAGGCAGAGUUCCGAGCAGAAUUUAGCAUUAUCGGGAAGCUUAAUCAUAUGAACUUGAUAGAGAUGUGGGGAUAUUGUGCAGAAGGAAAGCAUAGGCUCUUGGUUUACAGUUACAUGGAGCAUGGAUCCUUAGCAGACAAUCUGGCUUCCAAUGCACUUGAUUGGCAAAAGCGGUUUGAAAUUGCGGUAGGCACCGCAAAAGGCCUUGCUUAUUUACACGAAGAGUGUGUAGAAUGGGUUCUGCAUUGUGAUGUAAAGCCUCAAAACAUACUCCUAGACUCCAACUAUCAGCCAAAGGUUUCUGAUUUCGGCCUGUCUCGCCCUCUUAAAAGAGGGAGUACUAGUAGAGGUGUAAAUUCAAAUUUCUCAAUGAUAAGAGGAACUAGAGGUUAUAUGGCUCCAGAAUGGGUUUUCAAUCUGCCAAUCACCUCCAAAGUUGAUGUUUAUAGCUAUGGUAUAGUGUUGUUAGAGAUUGCUUCUGGAAAGAGUCCAGCAAUGGAGAUAGAGCACGAAAGGUUGGUCACAUGGGUGAGAGAAAAGGAGAAGGACAAUACUGCAAAGGAUUCUUGGAUAGAAAUGAUCGCGGACCCCAAGUUGGAGGGCAAAUAUGAUAAAGACAAGAUGGAAAUUCUGGUUAUGGUGGCUCUGAAAUGUGUAAACGAAGACAAAGAUGCAAGACCCACCAUGAGACAAGUAGUUGAAAUGCUUCUGCCCCAUGAAAAUGGUUCUUGUUGA